AUGGGGAAGCACGAGGGUGCCAUCGCGUGCCUUCAAUGGCGGUCUUUCCAGCAGAAGUUGCUCUGGGGCUUUGCUUUGGCUUUACUGACACUUUGCAGCCGCUGGAUUGUUUUGGCCUCUGCCCGCCAGCAUAAAGCCCCUUUAGAAGGCGAUGAGACGCAAACUAUCAGCAUUACGGCAGCAGCCGUUGUUGUCGCGACGCUCUGCGUUCUUGUCGGAUGGGUUGUCACCAAGUUCAUGAACCCGGCGGCAGAAAGGACUCCUACAGGGGCGCCACCUCGAGUUACUGAAACUCGCAGACGGAGAACAGACCGCUCAGCUAUGGAGAACCUCAUGAGAGGUGGUGCAGGCGGUGGGUCUGGGGCCACAAGGGCCGCCGCUGCCCCGUGCUCAGACCUGCAAGCUGCCCAGAAAAAGAGGGAGGAAAGGGAGCAACGCCGCGAGCAGCGGCGGCAACAAGCGGAGACUUCAACAGCUUCACCGUCAGCAGCAGCAGCAGCAGCAGCUGCUGCUGCUGCUGCUGCUGAUUCCGACUCAGAGAACGAAGGAGCGCCUCCUAUGUCGCACAAGCAGGCGAAGCAAGAGGCCUACAGAAAGCGGCAGGCGGAGAAAGAGAGAUUGAGGGCGGAACGCGAGGCAGAGGAGGAGAGGCUGGCUGAGGAGAAACGCAAGAAGGAGCAGGAGGAAUAUGAAGAGUGGAAGGCAAGGUUUUGGGGCUCAGAGUUUAGGAAAACAUUUGAGAUCGAGGCGGAGGGGGAGUUGAAUAUUUCUCCAGAAGAGGAGGCGCGACAGUUGGAGCAGUUUCUGACGUUCAUUAAAAUGCGCAAGGCGGUAGAAUUGGAGGAAAUUGCUGCCGAGUUCGGCCUCAAGACUAAAGAAUGUGUGAAGCGGAUCGAGGCCCUACGAGAAAGCGGGCGGCUGUGCGGUGUGUUAGACGACCGAGGCCGCUUCUUGUGUUUGACCCAAGAGGAGCUGGAGCAAGUUGCGGAAGCUCUUAUAAAACUAGGCAGGUUUAGCAAGGAGACGGACCUCGUCUCCAUUUGCAACCGCAUCAUUAAGCUUACGCCAUCAGAAGAGGACAAGGCAAAGAUAGAGGAGGAGCAACGCGCAUCUAUGCGGCUCAUCGAACUUGCGGCUGCUGAGGACUAA